CUACAGGCGCUAUCGUACCUACAUUUACGGCAACGUUUUGUGCCCUUACGGGCCUUCGUCAGAUCGCGAUGGCUCGUUACGCCUUCGGAAUAUGUGGCGCCAAAAUCUAUGGUUUGGUCAACAUAGUUGUCAAUCUUGGCUUCGGUACAAUCGCCCGCAUUAUUGCAGGUCAACUUAUCAGCGCUAUUACCGACGGCAAAGUUGCAAUCGGCGUUGGGAUUAUAGUCCUGUGCGUCGCAGCGUACAUCAUCUCCUUUUUCGGUUUGCACGUCAUUCACCUACACGAACAGGUCGCAUAG